CAUUUCCCUAGUUUUAAUUGAUUUGGGUCGCCUCUCUCACUCAGUCUCGGUGCCUAGAACUAUACUAGUAGUAGCAGUAGGGUUUUCCAAAACCCCAGAACCCAAUUCCUCGCUCUCUUCAGGUUUGAUUUUCGUAAGGUGGCGAGCCUUUUGAAUGUAAUGCAUGCUAUAAAGGGUGGCUGGGUUGGGCAAACAUUUGCCCUAGCUAAAAACAAUGAAUCUGAAGGAAGGAAGUCCCGAAUUCGGCGUUCAAAGGAGGAGAGGAAGGAAAUGGUUGAAGCCUUUAUAAAAAAGUAUCAGAUUCUACACAACGGGAGUUUUCCAUCACUUAAUCUGACCCACAAGGAAGUUGGUGGAUCUUUCUACACUGUACGAGAAAUUGUCCGAGAUGUAAUCCAAGAAAAUAGAGUGCUGGGUCCUGCUAAGUUCGUUGCAGAGGAUCAGACUAUUGAUCAGUUCUUGGAACGUAAUCCACUUGGUUCGAUUGCUGCAGAACCUCAAAAUGCUUUGUCAGAAGCAUCAAAUGAUUCUCAGUUUGCCAACAAUCAAAAUCAGGGUACAGUUCAAGAAAUGGUUUUGGCUUCUGAUGGUCAUUCGUUUACUCUUGAACAUCAGAUUCUCGACCAUGGCCGAGCCAUCAAUGGCACUGCAGCAGAAGUGAAUAGCAAAGAAGUGGAGAGUAAAGAGUUGCAAGUAACUGUGCCAGUGGAAACAGAGAAGAAGGUAGCUGAAGAAUCUGUAGUUUCUGAUGGGAAUUGUAUUUGUCAUGAAUAUCAGAUGUUUGACAAUGGCGGCCAGGUAGAUCAGGAAGACAAACAAACUGAGGAACUGACAUGUGCAGAGCAUAGAACAAGUGUGCCUUUGGAAGUAGAGAAAAAUGUUGAAGAAGUUUUGGCAAUAUCUAGGUCUAAAGUGACCUCCAUAGAAGCAGAUGUAAUAGUUGAGACAUUCCCCUUAACGCCUGUUACUAGGACUACUGAGAGCUUGGAUGGAAAGGUAGAAUUAGGAAAUUUUGGUAUAUCUACUGAGGAUAAAGGAACCAAGGGGAUGGGGUUAGCCACUGGUGUUGAUAGUACGCUGUUGGAUACAGUAUAUUCCGUGAAUAGUUUGGUCGACGAUAAAGUAGUGGUGAAAAGCCCCUUGGUUGGAAACAAAUCCAGCUCAGUAAAUGAGGAAGCCUUAGAAAUUGUCAGAGACCCAUCACUGGAGACCUCAAAUCGCUCAACCCUUGAAGGAAAUAUUAUACAUGAAAAAGGAAGCACAGACCUUAAGGUCAAAGCACCUGGAAAUGACGUUCCUAUAUCUGAGAGCUUUGAACAAAUUGAAGGGACUGCUGGAGCUAAGAUAAUGAAAGCUCCAGAUACAAAGAACCUUAAUGGUACCAGUGUUUGCGAUGGGCUGUCACAAACCAAAGAGGUGCUUGUGAUUGAAGAUGAAGUUGGUGUGCACUCCAGCGCAGGCUUGCAAAAAGGAAGCAACACUUUAGACAGGAUUAGUCUCGAAUCGUGGCAAAAGGCGUCUAGAAAUUCCACAAAUCGAGAAGGCAAAUCACUUUGGGCUGUAUUUAAAGAGUAUAUAGACGCCAUUGUGAAGUUUUGGUCUAAUGAGCUUUGAGUGUACUUUGAAUAAUUUUUAUUGCUGAGCGAACAAUUUCUGUACCUGCCAGGGUUAUUUGUGAUUUCAGUUUUAUUAGAUCAUCAUUAUCUUCUUUUA